GGCGGCGGCGGGGGGGACCAAUCCCUGGGUUCCGGCCCCCCAUUCGCAGUAUGGAGUCGUCCCGGGGGCGGCUGGGGUCCGGAGCAGACCUACUAGCUGUUGGGGAGCAGCAGCAGGCCGCGGUUUUCAGCAGCCGGCCGAGCCGGAUGCCUUCCAAGCCGCCUUCAGUUCUGAGGGUGUCCGGGGAGGAAGAGGCCGAGAAGGCUGGGAUCGUGAGCCGCCCCCCGCGAGCGACCCCGAAGGUCUCCCAGAGCGGCUCUGUCCAGCGGAGGCCCGAGGCUUGGCCGGACGAGCCCGGGCCCCGGGAGGCGCUGACUGGGACCGAGAACCGCCGAAGGGCGCCGGCUUCCGAGCAUGGCGCGCCCCCGUCCUUGUGGCACCCAGAUCCCGAGCCGCCUGAGGACGAGCCUGCCUCGGAGAGGGUCUGCCGUCGGGGGAGCCCGGGAGGCGUGGAGAUGAACGCGGACGAGGAGCCUGCCGCCCUGGCCCCGGCCCCGGCGCGGCCAGGCCUGCCCCCGGCCCCCGCGUCCAGCAUCCCGCCCAUCGACCCUGACGUGCUGCGGGAUCUGGAACGGCUGAGUCGGGAACUGGGCGGUCGGGUGGAUCGUCUGCUGCGCGGGCUGGGAGGCGCGGUGCAGGAGCUGACGGCGCUGAGCGUGGGCUGCAUCCAGACCUACCGCGACGCCGUGGACUCCCUGGGGGAAGCGGUGGACAUGAGCAUCAAGGGCAUGUACACGCUGCUGGCGCGCUGCGAGGAGCUGGAGCGGGCGCUGCAGCCGGUGCAGGGGCUGGCGCGCCAAGUCCGAGACAUCCGACGCACACUGGAAGUAUUGGAGGCCCUGUGCAAGUGAUCAGGAGCACGAAGAGGCCGUUUCCUGGCCCCAGGACGCGGGGCCCAGCAGGACCCCGAGGACUCUUUCCCCAGGAGCCUGUGUGUUGGAGAUGCAUCUAACUUGAUCUGUGGCCGCCGGCUCACUGGGGCCUGCAGGAGGUGUACUGGGGAAGUCCUAACAGUUUUAGUGGGACGGGAUGUUGCUCUGCUUCUACUAAUUUAGCCAUUUAUUGCUACCCUCUUCUCCCCCAACUCUUUCUCCCUAGCUAGAGCACCAUCCCUGGGAACCCAGCGCCUUGAGUCUGGGCUUGAGGGUGGGGACGCGACUCCCAUUUUUGUGAUCAAGAGAAGGGAACAGAGGAGGCCCCCAGCCCCAAUGUGGCCAUCUGACUCCGUGGCCAUAUUCUCAGGUGUCAGGGGCUUUGGGAGCUUGAGUAGUCAUUGGUCGCACACCAUGCAGGCAAGAUACAUACGUGAAGAUGAAUCACCUCCUGCUUCUCUCCCUGGUCGCUUACCACACCACUUUCCUAGCCUGAACUGGAGUGUAGCUGGGAGGAACGCGCUGCGUGGUGGUGGAGGUGAGGUAGGAGGGGUCUCACUGCUCUCAGGGUUCAAGAAGAAUUGUCGCUGGUUUUGAAGCCCACCUGUUGUGGAGUGUUCUAAUCAGUUUUGGCUUUCUGAGUUUUUGUGGAAUUAAAAGUGUUGCUGCUGCUGCUAA